CGUGAAACAUAGUUCCCGCGGAUUUCAAGAUGGAGUCUGUUGAGGGGGGAACAAUCUCAUGGAUCAAACCAACUGAAAAUAAACUCAUCAAAGUAACAAAAUGGAGAGUAAAACUUGGAUCAAAGGUUGGGAAAGGAGCCUUACUUUGUCUAUAUGAGACAGAAGACACUAAAAAUCUGAAGCUGAAAUCAAACAUGGUGGGCACAGUUUUGGAAAUGAAACAAGAAUUUAUUCCUGGAAGUGAAGGCUUGGUAAAAAUGGAGUCUUGUACACAUCCCACUGUGAUGAAGGAUAUGUGUGCAGACUGUGGAGCUGAUUUAAGACAGGAGGCAGGAAUUGCUGGUAACAGGAAAGAACCAGUCAGUGCUUCUGUUGCCAUGGUACACAACAUUCCAGAGCUUAUAGUGAGCGAGAAGCAAGCAAUGGAGCUUGGAAAAAUGGAUGAAGAGAGACUGUUGAGAACUAGGAAACUUGUGUUACUUGUGGAUCUUGACCAAACCUUGAUUCACACCACCAAUGACAACAUUCCUCCCAACCUUAAGGGGGUUUAUCAUUUUCAACUUUCUCAUGGAAAUAUGAUGCCUUGGUAUCACACUCGUAUUCGUCCAAUGGCAGACAGGUUCCUGGAGAACAUCUCUAAACUGUAUGAACUGCACAUCUGUACAUUUGGAUCUCGCAUGUAUGCUCACAUCAUUGCCAAAUUCUUAGAUCCAGAUGGGAAAUAUUUCUCACACAGAAUUCUAUCUAGGGAUGAAUGCUUCAAUCAGAAUUCAAAAAUGGCUAACCUAAAAGCUCUCUUUCCCUGUGGGGACUCCAUGGUAUGCAUCAUUGAUGAUAGAGAGGAUGUGUGGAAUUACUCCCCAAACUUAAUCCAUGUGAAGCCCUACCGCUUCUUCCAAGGCACUGCAGACAUAAAUGCCCCACCAGGACUGGAUAAAAAGGAACACGAUAAAGAACCACUAACUCACAAAGUACACAUUAUCUCCAGAUCCAACAGCAAAGAGGACAACAAUGAGAAAAAGGAGGGGAUGGGGGGAGAAACUGAAGAGAAAGGGGGAGGGAAAAGUGGACAGACAGAAAAUGGUGAGGCAGCUAAAACAGAUGCAGAAGAAACUGAUAGAAAGUGUGAAAAAGACAAUGAGAAAAAAUCGUCAGAUGUUAACAGGAAGGAAGAGAGUAAAGAUGUUGAAAGUGCAGAAGAAACAAAUAAAGACUGUGGAAAAGAGACAAAUUCUGUGAAAAAUAAGGAGGAAAGUAUGGAGUGUGAAAGGACUGUACAAUCAAAUUCAGAAGCCACAAAAGCAGUUACAUGUAAUACAGAAAAAUCAGAUAUUGAAAAGAAUGGAAAAGGUAAGGAAACUAAAGAAAAGGAAGAGGACAGAGAGAAGGAAGAAGAUGGAAAGACAGAGGAUGUGGAAAUUGAGUGGGAUGAUGAUGAUGACUAUUUAUUGUACUUAGAGGAAAUCCUGACCACUGUUCAUAAAGCAUUUUAUGAUAUGUAUGAUCAGCUCAAAUUAAAGGGAGAGAAUGCAGAAAAACCUGAUAUGAAAAAUAUCUUACCUUAUGUUAAAAGAAAAGUGCUUAAAGGAAGAAAUAUUUUAUUUAGUGGUGUUUUCCCUAUGAGUGUUCCUUUAGAGAAAAGUAGGGCCUACCAUGUGGCUAAAAUGCUUGGUGCAAAUGUUCAUACAGACUUCAUACCUCGAGCAAAAGAUGGUUCAAAUAAAUCCGACUACACAACUCAUGUAGUUGCAGCUAGACUUGGAACUGUUAAGGUCAAAAUGGCCCAAAAGCAUAAAUAUGUGAAAUUAGUGAAUCCUCAGUGGUUGUGGGCAUGUGCAGAAAGAAUGCAGCAUGUGGAUGAGAGGCUUUAUCCACUUAAUGACUCCACUUCUGGUAAUGCUUAUUGUGAAAGUCCUGAUCCAUCACGGCUAAACAGAAAACGCAAAAAUGAAGAGGAAUCAGACUCAGGAAAACGACCUAGAAAACAUGAUGAUGGUGACAAAAUUCCUCCCCAAGAAGAAAUGGAGGCAUCAGAGAAGGUUGAAAAAGAUGAGGAAGAGGAUGACAUGAAGGUGAAAUCAGCAGCCAGAAUCACCUCUGCUCGCUUCUCCACCAGCUAUAACCCAAUGUUAGCCUUCUCAGAUGAAGAUUUGGAAUGUAUGGAUAAGGAAGUGGAGGACUUGAUGGAUGAAGAGGGUGAUGAAUCCGAGGAAGAUGACAUUGACCGAAAUGAGAGGAUCCGAUUGUCUGUACUAAGCAGUGGGGAUGAUGACAACUCCAGUAGUGGAGAGAGCAUGUCUGGGGAUCUCCCCAGAGGGUGGAAUCUGAAAAAGAGGCACAGGUCAUCAAAGUCAGGGGACAGUAGCUCUGAUAAUGAGGAAAAUGAGAAGCACAGAGAUGAGGAGAGUGAAAAUGAACUAGAAAAGUAUGAAAAAACUGUGGCAGCUUUUGCACCAGAUACUGAAUCUGAAACACAAGAUUCUUUUGCAGAAUCUGUAGGCUCUGUUGAUGAUGAAAUGGCAGAGGCUAUUGAAAGAGAAUUUCUGGCCAAUUGAUUGUUAAAUAUUUUAGUCAGUUAUUAAUGUUUAAAUAAAUU